AUGGACAGAAUUGUUAACUCUUUGGAGAGUAGAUUUACGAAACAUCAAAAGCUAUUCAAAGAUUUCGAAUGUUUCCAUCCAAGCAGUUUUGAUUCGUUAAACGAACUACCAGAAAAUUUCCUAAAAAAAGUUACUGAGAAACUUGAAACAUUUUUUCCUGAAAUUCAAGAAAAUAGUUUGAAGCAGCAAUUAUUGGAUUUUGCCACUAAAUGGUCUAGGCUGUCCCAAACACUUUCCGAUGAAUAUUCAGUUGUUAAUUUGGAAUUGAAUAACAGCGAUAACGAUAACGACCCGUACAUAGGUACCUAA